GUUUCCUUCAUUAAGCAACUCGUAUUGUAGAAGUUAUCUGACGCCAUCAGUUGCGUUUACACAAGUGCCUGCUGAAGGAUGGAUGAUGAUGACUUUGGAGGAUUUGAGGCAGCAGAGAGUUAUGAGUUUGGAAAUGGUGAAAAGCAGACCACAUCUCCUGCUAUUGCUUGGGCAGCAUUUCCUACAGUACCUGAAGUCCAUAGAUCUCCUGAUGUUCUCCUGGAGCACUCUGUGCCUUCUUCCUGCCUGCUUCCUUCUGACCCUUUCAUUUUAUCAAGUGAUAAUGUGGCAACAGUUAUUCAAACAGGCAAGGGUGUGAUAAAUCCAGCUGUUCCUGAAGAACAGGCUCAAGCAGAUGUUCCAGUUGCCUCUUCAAAUGUAACUGAAGACAAGACUUUAGCUGAUGUUGAGACAAAGAGAACAAAUGAACCCAAGAGCUGCCUUCAACAAGCUGUUGCAAACCUUGAAAUCAAGCUUUGCAGUGCUGAAGAAGAAAAACUAAAAAUCAAAAAGGAAUUGGAAUAUUUGCUGGAAAAACAUAGUGUGCUAGAAAUGAAUUUCUUGAAGGAGAAAAAAGAAAAAGUGCUUCCACACCAAGAUCAUUACAAGACACUCCAGGAAAAGCAUAAGCAGGAAUUAGAAGACAUGAGAAAAGCCGGACAUGAAGCCUUAACUAUUAUUGUUGAAGAAUUCAAGGCACUGCUACAAUCUACAGUUCAGCAGCAAGAAGCAGCUAUUGAAAAGCAGUAUAUAUUAGCCAUUGAAAAGCAUUCUCACAAAUGUCAAGAGCUCCUUGAUGCUCAGCACCAGCGACUUCUUGACAUUUUGGAAGCAGAAAAAGAGGUGUUGUCAGAGAAAAUAGAAGAAGCUAUGAUGCAGCAGUCGCAAAGGCACAAGGAAGUGCUGGACAAGUGUUUGGAUGAGGAAAGACAGAGAGGCAAGGAGGCACUGGCAGCUGCUGCAAAGGCUGAAAAAGAGGUAGUGCAGGAAGCUGUUCUGAAAGCAGUAGAGGAGGAGAGGAGAAAUAUGGAGAAGAUUCAUGCAGAAGAAAGAAAACUGUGGGAAGCAGAACGUGAUAGCCAUAAAGAGAAGAUUGCCCAGGCUGUUUCAGAAGCCAUGCAAGAGCAAAGAAAGCAGAAUCAGGAAAUUGUCAAGGAAGCAUUAAUGGAGGAGCAGAAACGAAGUGAAAAGGCAAUUGAAGAAGCAGUGAAAAGGACAACAGAGGAACUGAUGGAAUAUAUGAAAGAGCAGAAGAGGCUUGAUGAAGUUGUCCGUCAGAGAAAUCUGCAUAGUUUGGAACUUUUCCUUUCAUGUGCACAGAAACAGUUAAAUGUUUUAUUAAAGGAAGAGCCAACCCCAGCAGAAAACAGAGACUGACAUUCUCAGUGCUGAUGAUACAGUGUGAUUUGUGAAGCUGCAAAUCUCCAUCUAGCAAAUGAUGAAUAUAUUCCAAUCUUUUUGGAUUGUAUCGUUGAGUCAAGAUUGAUCUGAAAUUCUUGAUAGAAAUGUUUGUGGAUCAUGUUCUUCUAUUUAUUUAUUUAUUUUACUACUAUUAUCAGAUAGCAAAUAUGAGAGGGAAAAAAAUCCUUGGAAAGAAAAUUGGUUUAUUUAGGAUUUGUUUUAUUUAGCAUUUUGCUUUCAUUACAUUUUCUAGCAGCCCAUGUCAAAAUUUUCCGUGUUAUGUCUGAAAUUUUAACAUUUCCCUGUUAUGUCUGUUUUAAAUUUGGCACCAUGUGUUAAUGUGAUUCACCAUUAUUUUUGAUAUUUUAAAAAAUGGAGACAAACAUUUAGUUGAUUAUAGGUACAAAUCCAUCUCUAUUUCCAAAAUAUCUACCCAAGUCCAUUGCCUCAGGUGAACCUGAGUAGCUUAUUAUUUCUUACUGCUUUUGAAGUAGAACAGAAGAAUCAAUACUGAAACAUAAGUGUUGUCAGGCAUUUUUUAAGGCAUUUAUAAACAAAUCCAGCUCUAGGAACAGAAAAAUUUAAAAACUAAACAGUACAUCUGUUUAGGGUAGCAUAAAACAUCGCCAUGACCAAUGUAUAGCAUGUACUUUAUUUCUGUUUUACAGAGCUAGUUCAAUUCCAAAAGUCAUUUUCUCAUGAAAUUACGAUUAAUGUGACUGACCUCAGUUUCAGGAAGAAGAUGUAUGUAAUUAUGUGGAGACUGAUGCUGCACUGCCUCAGUGGAAUUUCUGACAGAACAAGGAGUGCAGCCUGCUGACCUCACAUGCCCUUUCUAAGUGCAUCGGAGGAAGUAGAAAAAUUCCCCACUGACAUUACUGGACUUUGGAUCACUCACAGGUCUUUCUAGUCCUGCUGACAAUAGAUGGAAUGGAAUUUCUGUGCCUACACUCUAUUGAUUGUAGAAUUGGGGCCUUAGCUGUAAAAGAGCUCUGAAUGAAAUAGAGGAAAAUAAAUGUUCAUGCUUAGGUACAUAAAUAAACUAAGAAUGAUCUCUCUUA